AUGAAAACGACAGUUGAGGCCGUCAUGUGCGCCAUUGAGCUUGCGCCGCCGCCGCUGCCCACGCCGCCCGGACAGGAGGAGGAGGAGGAGGAGGAGGAGGUGACGGACUGCGUCACCACGUCCGUGCAGGACUGCGACGUGCCCGGAGACCGCGACAGAGACGAGUGCUGCUCCCAGGAGGAGCGCAAGAAGAGGCCACGCACUGCGUUCACCGCCUCCCAGAUCAAGUCGCUGGAGUCCGAGUUCGAGAAGAACAAGUACCUCAGCGUCAGCAAGCGGACACAGCUCUCCAAGCAGCUGAGCCUCACCGAGACACAGAUCAAGAUCUGGUUCCAGAAUCGACGGACGAAGUGGAAGCGGAAGCACACGAACGAGCUGGAGCUGAUGGCGCAGCAGUACUACGCCCACAUGGGACUGUACACCCAUCGGCCCGUGCACCUCAGCGACCGGCUCUGGCUGUUGACGCACGGCCUCCACGCGCCGGGCCCGCCGGCGCCGCCGCCGCUGCCGCCUCCCGGCUACCUGGCGCCCUUCUACCCGGCGGCGCCGGCGGCGGACGGCCCGGCCGGCCGCCUGUUUGGUCCGCUCUCCCUGCCGCGCUACUCACACGGGCCACACGACGGCGCCCACUGA